CCCCUUAGAAGCCCCGCGGCCCGCGGCCCGCCCGGGAUUGGACACUGGGGACAGUUGGCCACCGCGAUUGGUCGAGGGCUGAUAACGUCAAGGGGCGGGGCCGAGAACGAGAAUAGGGGUAGCAUGCCGCCGCUCGGCCGCCUGAGAGCGACGCUGUGGCUGAGUCGGGCCAUGAGCCUGGGCGUUUUGGAACCCCGGCCCCCGGGGAAGCGGUGGCUGGUGGCCGGCCUGGGGAACCCCGGACUGCCCGGCACGCGGCACAGCGUGGGCUUGGCGGUGCUGGGGCAGCUGGCGCAGCGGCUGGGUGUGGCGGACGGCUGGGCGCGCGACCGGCGCUGCGCCGCCGACCUCGCCCUGGCCGCGCUCGGGGACGCCCAGCUGGUCCUGCUUCGGCCGCGGCGCUUCAUGAACGCCAACGGGCGCAGCGUGGCCCGGGCGGCGGAGCUGUUGGGGCUGACUGCUGAGGAGGUCUACCUGGUGCACGAUGAACUGGACAAGCCCCUGGGGAAACUGUCUGUGAAGCUUGGGGGAAGCUCCAGGGGCCACAACGGAGUCCGUUCCUGCAUUACCUUUCUCAACUCCGAUGCAAUGCCGAGGCUGCGGGUGGGCAUCGGGCGCCCGACACACCCUGACACGGUGCAGGCCCACGUGCUAGGCUGUUUCUCCACUGCUGAACAGGAGCUGCUGCCUCCAUUGCUGGAGCGAGCUACCGACCUGCUCCUCGACCACAUCCGUGAGCGAAGCCAGGGCCCCCCGUCAGGCCUUGUCAUCUGUGGACACGUGCCUGCCUGACCACCAUGCCCACGCACGCAGCCACAUUCACAGAGGUGUCAGGACAACUUGUAUCUACUUUUUAUAGAACUCUUCUCUGGGCUGCCCCAAGCUGCCUGUGAAUUAAAGAGGGGACUGUUGCCAUGGUGGUCCACUUCUGGGAAUGGGGAUUGGUCUUCUCUCUGUGUCUUACUUGGAAAGUAGAGAAACUUCAGGAAGACUAAACUUUUUGAACCUUU